UUCUUCGACUACUUCUUGUAUUAACCUCCUGUAGCCAUGGACAUCUUCAGCCGCCUCAACCCUUUUCACCGACCAAACUCUGCGAUAUCGCGGAAUACUCCAACACCCUUUUCAGCGAGGGCACGGCCUUCAUCUUCGCUCGAAAGUGGAAAUGUUUAUCCUACACCUGAGGCCACUCCGAGCCCUUCCUUAGACGUGUACCACCAACCUGACCGCGAAUUAGGCCGUCACACGCCUACCUUCUACCACGAGACGCCAGUUACGCUGAAAGGCGAUCAUAGCCGCUCUCAAUCUCUUCUUCGUAAUUUAGCGCAUCAUUCAAGCUUGUCGACGCUUACCUCUAAGUCGACUAGAGGGAAAAAGAAGGGAGGGAAAAGGAAAAGAAUUCAUCUUAUGGCUGAUGCACAUCAUCCAUACGGCGAUGGAAGUGAGGUCAAUGAUAGCGAACCUCAGCAGAGGCUGACUCCUACACCUGGCGCUGGUAAGUUGAAGAAGGGCAGUCUCAAACAGAGUAAGAGCCUGCCCAGGAACAUGAGACUGAGUGGAGAGUUUCAAUUGCCGGAUGAUCUACCCCCACUACCAUCUUCCGCAAAAUAUGAUGUUCUCAACAGACCACAAGCAAGUGCAGUAAUUUCACAUCCAGGAAACAUCUCGUCCUUCAAACCACAAUGCACAGCUCUUCGUGAUAAUUCAGUAACUCCUACGCCCGAAAUUACAGUCUACCAUGAUUGCUCUGGCACUCCAGAGAGUGUUAAGCUUCGUAUGAGGUUUGAAUUGGAUUGGACAUCUACCUACUCUGGAUCCCCUUCACGUAGAAGGCACAAUAGCUUUGAUGAACGGGCAUCUCCUCUAGAUUCCCUUACCCCCCGCGCCCAAUCAAUCCGCCAUCGUAGCUCCCCCCCGAAGGCUUCAAGCUCUACAACUUUGCAUGAAUUCACUUACUCCCAAACCCAGCAACACCCCCAUCCCGUUCCCCGAAUUCAAGAGCAGCGAAUUCUUGCUCAAUCCUUGUAUGCCGACUCUACCACCUUUUUUGGGCCGGAUGAUAUGUUACCUAUCACGGAGUCUGGCAAUACUAUAUCUAACGAAGAACCGAAGUCUCUUGAUAUGUUAAGAGACGAAGAAAAAUUGCAUAAGGUAACUCCUGGUGACUCAAAAAAUAACCUUUUGAAUGAAGUUUUCGUUGAUGGCCGAGAAUGUUGCAAGGACGCCGAAUGGGUCUUUUCACGAGACCUAUAUGAAUCACCCUCAGCUUCUUCUGAAAGCACUCACAAUACCCCCUCUUCACACUGUCUUUCGCCCGAGCGUCCAUCAUCCGCUCAUCGCCGAGCUGAAUCUAGCCCUUCGCCAGGUCAAAAAUCCCGAGACGCUUUUUUCAAAGCAGCAAAGCGAUCUUCGUCUCCAUUUGAGAUUAAACUAUCACCUCACGUUACCAGGCGCAUGUCUCUCGAUGCUUUUGGUACGCCCACCAAUCCAUCAUCUUACUCUCACAACAACAGCGAUAAGAUUGAAGAACUUGCCGACCCUACUGAAAGCUGUGAGAGCUACGAUUGGCACCAAGCUGAGGAGGCGGAAACAGAAAAGCCGCCUAGUCAGAUGUAUGAUACCAGUCAGGAUGAGAUCAGUACAGGCGAGCACCCGCUGGCCGCUUUCAGAGGCACCGAACUCUCCACCAUCAUGGAGUCGUCUUCCUCGAGAUGCAACGAAUCUCUUAACAUGUCAUCAGAGCCUAGCCGCUACUCUCCCAUACAAUCUCACUCUUCUUUGCCUCGUCCGUCAUGGGAUCCAUUCUCCAACCGUGAAUGGCAGCAACCUUCUACUCCGAACCUUACUGCUGAUGGCCUACCUAUAUUUAAUAGCAUGUCCCCUACCUCGCCUUUACUUCACAAAAAGUAUAUGUCGGCCCCACCUUUAGUAGGCGUUUCUCCACAGCUUUUGGAUGCGCAUCUCGAGCACUCUCAAUCAUUGAAGGAUCAAAUUCGCGCAAGCUCAGUCAUGAUGGAAGUCCUAAAAUCUGAGGUUGCCGAAAUGAAGAAACGUUUGGCAGACGAGGCCCACGAACGAGAUGAACUUAUUGAGUUCGCUGAAGGAAGGGUGAUGGACUUAGAAGAGGCCCAAAGACAGUGUGAUGCAAAAGACCAAGUCCUUGAGCAAUUGCGUCAAGCCAUGACAGUCAACGAACAUAUGGUCGGGGAACUUCGAGAUGAUAAACUAUUCUACGAGGAACGCUGCGACAGUCUUGAAAGGGAGAACGAUGCUCUUCUUGCGGCCAAGGAAGAAACCAUACAAGCUUGUAUUGAGAUGGAAAGCGAAAACGACGAAUUGAAGCGUGAACUGAGCAAGAUUCGAGAAGAAAAUGACAAGCUCCAAAAGGACAAGGAAGAAGCCAAGGUUAAUACCCAAGCCUUGCAGACUGAAAUGAGAUUUAUCGAGAGUAAAAUGUCCAAUCUGGAAGGUGUAGAAGGGUUACUUCGCGAUAGAGAAGCCGAAGUGGUAGGGCUCAGAGGAGGGCAAGAGAGGAUGUGGGAGCUUGAGCAGCACCUUGAAAACCGGGACAAGAGAAUAGCCGAACGAGAUAGGACAAUUCAUGCUCUAAAGAAAAGUCUCGAUACCGCCCGAUUAGAGUCUCUCAAUCGUGUGGAGGCUGCUACUGAGGAACUGAAGACCUCCGUGCAACUUAUCUCAGAUAAGGAAGAGAUUAUUUCCGGUCUUAUCUCCAAGCUAUCUAUUCAGGAGGAGUACUCUCAGUCAACUAAGCUGGCCCUCAUUGCUAAGGAAGAAGAAGUCAAUCAGCUCACUCCGAGGCUGAAUUCGAUAUCAGAAAAGCACCAUGAGGAUGCAGAAAUGAUCUUACAACUCAGAAACCAACUUGAAAAGCUGGAAGCUGAGAAGCAAGCAAACGACUUUGAGGCGGAAGAGAGGCUGUCCAAGCACGCAGAGGAGACCCAGACUUGGAAGCAGGAGAGGGAGGAACUCAGCACAAAGCUGUCAGAUCUGAUGGAACAAGUUACCUCCGCCGUAAACGAAUGUGCCAGAUAUAAGCUUGUGCUCAUCCAGAAGGAACGAACUAUUGACGAACUCACCGAAAAGCUUCGUUUGAUCAGGUUCGAAAUCGAUGAAAGACACUUUGAAUCUCAGGAAGAAAUCCAUCGACUAAAGUCCCAAAUCGAGGAGCAGACGAAGAAUGCAGCAGAGAUCGAGAUGGGCAGCAUCCAAACGAGUAGAAUGUUGGCGAGCUACUUGGAAGGAAAGAGGCUCUGGGAGGAGGAAAAGGAAGAACUCUACGAGAGACUCAACCGACACAUAGACGAGACAGGUAUUGUUGAGGAUCUUCAAGUUCAAAUCAAGGAGCUCUUCUUCCAGCUCCAAGUAGCUAAAGACGAAUGCGAAGUACACAAGGCAUCCGCUGCGCAGAAAUCAAAUCUUAUAAUGUCCCAAGAUACUGAGCUCGCCCAGCUUCGCCAUAUUGUCAAAGAAUUUGAAGACUCAUCUGAAGAAGUCAGGUCCGCGAUUGAUCGCCGGGCCAAAGGCUACGAGAGAGAAGUUGCCAAUCUUCAUGAGCAGGUGGAAGGAUUACAAUAUCAGCUCUCCCACAAUAAUUCCGCCCUUCGCUCUGCUGUGCUCGAGGCUGAAAGUAACAAGGUACUGUCUAAAGAUACUAAGUGGCGAGUUGAUCGCUACUUGACAGAGAUUGACGGGCUGAAGUUGGAGGAAACCAAGCUCAGGACUCAUGUGGAGCAACUCAGGAUGGAAUCGGCAAUGGACGAGGUCAAGCGGAUUGAAUUGGAGAGGAAGGUCGCGAAGAUUGAGCAAGAGAAAGAGCUGCUAAAUGUAGCUUUGGAAAGCAAGCAGACAGAGGUCGCACUUCUUCAGAGAAAGGAAAAACAUCGUUCAAUUGCAUCGCCUUCCUUCAACUCUGCCAAAGCAUCUCACUCGUCACAGUUGUCGGUCUCAGCAUUGCGACUUCCGGCAACCCCUACUCCAAGCAGUGAUAUUAACAACACGCCUCUUACUGGCCUUCUUGCAACUUCAAUCUCAUCAGCAACUUCUACUCGAAAAGAUAUGGCUGCUUCAAAACUUAAUGCCGUUUCUCGUUUACCUCUUGGUGCCUCUAACCGACACAAUAGAGUAUCUGAUGGGUCAAGAGUCAUUCCAGUCAAAGUCACCGGAGAGGCUGAGUAUAGAGGAAAAAAAGUUGCGAGGAGGACAAGCUUGCCGAUGUUGGCCAGAUCUCAAAGUGCCUCAGGUCGUAAGGUGGCACAAUAGAUUGUUAACAUAAAUAGCCAGAAAUAUAUCAGACUGUAAAUACAUGUCAUUCCGUCAGGUCGC